GGUUCAUUCGGUGUGUGUCAUUUUAAACAUGCUGCCCUGAACGCACCCUCAGCGUGCUCUCCCAGCGGUAGAUUUGGAUUGGACAGACAACUCGUUGAAGAAAAUGGGGGACGACUUGGGAGAUGAGUGGUGGGCGCACGAGGGUAAAUCAGAUCCAUCCGAGGCAGAGGAGGACGACGAGACUCAAGAAAGGCAGCCAACAGAAAAACCAAACGCACAGACAAAACCAGAGAAGAGGAAGAGGGUAACGGAGAAACCAGUUCAGGCCAAGAAGAAGAAAAAGAGUGAACAGAAAGAGUGUGUCACUCCUCAGAAGCAGACUGAUGAGGAAAAGUCAACAAAACCCAAGAAAAAGAGGAAGAAGAAGAAGACGAUCACAGAUGUCUUGUCCUCUUCGGAGCCUAAACCAGGCUGUCCGGCAGACCUGCAGAACCUGGUGACGCAGUACUUCUCAGACAAGCGCUCCGUGAUUGAGCAGGAGGAGCUCAAGUUGCUGGACUCCUGCUUUCUGUCCAGUAAUGACUUGACGCACACCCUCUCCUCGUACCUGAAGCAGGUUUGUCCCAAGUGGGCCAAGAUUCAAAAGCAGCAUACAGAAAAGAGUUCUGUGGUUCUGCUCAUCGUCUGCAGCUCUGCUCUCCGAGCCAUCGAGCUCAUUAAGCAGCUGACGACCUUCAAGGGUGCAGCCAAAGCAAUAAAACUUUUCGCAAAACAUAUUAAGAUAGAGGAGCAGGUGAAGCUGCUGCAAAAAGGAGUCACCCACAUCGGAGUAGGGACCCCUGCUCGGAUCAACGCUCUGAUUGAGAAAGAGGGUUUGACCUUGCGGGCGCUGAGAUACCUGGUCUUGGACUGGAACUGGAGGGACCAGAAGCUCCGAAGGAUGGCGGAUAUUCCUGAGAUCAAACUGGACUUCAUGAAGCUGCUGGAGACCGGUAUCCUGAAUGGUUGCAAAGAAGACAAAGUCAAAAUCGGACUCUUUUAGCUGCACAUUGUAACGCUCGCUGUGUGCUGAUAAUCCGCACGGCGCCUUGAUGUUUUAAGCCUCGCACUGAUGUUCCUCACAACACGCUGAAGGGGCCUCAUCCUGUUUGUUUUCCCUUUGUGUCAGUGUGAAAUCCGUGCUGUGCUUUUACUAUUUUCAGAGGCCGCGUCGAAUGCGUGGUGUUGUUUGUUCACUCUUGUAGUCCAGUGCAAUGUCCCGGUGUGAUGAAUUGAAUAAACGGUCUCCGAAUGAAACCGA